GUUUGAAUGGCGCAGGCUCCGGGCGCUGGGUCCCGGCGCUAGGUCCCCGUGGCUCCUCCUCCCCCCUCGGCGUGGCCCGGCCCGGUACCAUGAGCGGCGGGGAUUUGAGAGAUUAUGGCAUCUGAAGCCCACAAUGUUAGAAAACAGAAAGUGUUGCAUAUUGAAGGUCAUCCCAUUGAUCUCCCCAGAAAAAGAAUCUCUUCUUCAACUAAAAAGAUCAUGAAGGAGGGUAAGAAAUCUCCAAAACAGCUGGCUUCAUACACAAACAGAAUAACAGUUGGAAAAACGGUGACCAGUCCCCUCUCCCUUUUCAAAGUAGUAUAUUGCAAAAGAAAAAUUCAUUGUUACACUCCAAAGCCUUGUUACAGAAAGAAACAGUUCCCUAAAUCUAGGGGCCGUGACAUGGCAAAUAAAGAAAAUGAACUGGCUUGUGCAGGGAAUCUGCCAGCAAAACUUCACGACAGUCGUACACAAUUACUAAAUUCUAGUGACUCUGGCUCAUCUCAAACAGAAGGCCCUUCAUCCAAGUACAGUGGAUUUUUUUCAGAGGUUUCUCAGGACCAUGAAACUAUGGCUCGAGUUCUUUUCAGCAGGAAUCUGAGGCUGAAUGUAGCUUUAACGUUUUGGAGAAGGCGAAGUAUAAGUGAACUGGUAGCCUACUUAGUGAGGAUACAGGAUCUUGGCGUAGUAGUAGACUGCCUUCCCGUGCUUACAAACAGUUUACAGGAAGAAAAACCAUAUGUUUCAGUUGGCUGCUGUGUUGAUCUUUUGCCUUUAGUGAAAUCACUGCUUAAAAGCAAGUAUGAAGAAUAUGUGAUAGUUGGUUUAAACUGGCUGCAAGCUGUCAUUAAAAGAUGGUGGUCAGAACUAUCUGCACAUAAAGAAAAGGCAGAGGAUGGAAAUAUUCAUAUUUUAAAACAGCAAUUAAGUGGAUUAUGGGAACAGGAGAAUCAUCUUACUCUGGUUCCUGGAUAUACUGGUAAUAUAGCUAAGGAUGUAAAUGCUUAUUUAUUACAGCUACACUGACAUGAUUGGGAAACUCUGCUUAUGUGGUGGAACAAUCCUCUAAAGCAUCCCUGAAAUAUGUACUGUUUCUGAAAGCCUUUUGAAAAAUACUGGCAGAAGAGAACUGAACUGUCAAGCUGUUUAUUGAAACCACUAACAAAAUCCUAACAAUCUACUUCACAUUGAAGUGGAAAAAUGUCUAGUAGGAGCAACUUUUACUUCAGUGAGGUGAAAGUGCACUAUGAAAACUGUAUGCCUUUGCUGCAUUUGGGAUUCGCUCAGUUACUAGAUAUUCAUUUAAAUGCUACUGUAUUUUACUACAACAUCGCAUUAAAAAGAUGAAUUACACUGUUGUGAAGACAAGACAGCAGAACCAGUUACAAGGAACCAACAAAAAGCAAUCAGCAUUGAGCGCUUUUAAAUGUUUUGUUGAGAAGAGAACUCCAAAAUGCACAACAAUCUUCCAAUAAAAAAGCCAACCAAAAAAAAAAACCCUUUGGAAUAUUCAGUUACUUCUAUGUUUUAAUCAAAUUAUUAAAGACAGUUUUUGUUUGCACUAUUGAGAAACUAUACAGCAAAGAUGCCUUAAUUACUAGUGUUUCAAAAAGCCAAUGUGUUAAGAUGCAAAUAGCUAUUAAGUUCAGAUUGUGAUGAAAAACUACAAAAGUCAGGGUUUCACAUUGUUUAGUUAAUGAAACAUUGCACAUAUACAAAGAUUCAUGUAUGAAAAAUUAUAAAUACCUGACGCUAAGCUUGGAUAAACAGUUACUGCAAAUGUCAGCAGAAUGGUGAAUUUAUGUCCAACAAAUGUUUUUAUAUUGUAUGUGGAUUUCUAACACAGUAAUCUUGUUCUGUAUCAUUUAAACUACAUGCAAAUAAGUAAAUAUAUUAAAUGUAUCUACUGUUUUUUCUUUUCAAGUUCAUAAAAGCAAUUUCUAGAAUAAUCUCUUCCACAGUACUUUUUAUCAUAGAUAUUUAUGUCUGUUUGAAAUGUUUACAGCCAGAUGAGGCCACGUUAUCCAAAUCACACCCUUUUUAUACUACCUCCUUUAAGAAACUGACAAAGAGCUUUUGCAAAAUUAAGUUCUAGAGUGAUCAAUUACGGCAAAUUCAUACCAACAACAGCAUUGAAAAUACAGCUAUAAACUCUUCCACUGUCCUAUUGCUAUCCUGUACUAUUUUAAUUUAAAAGCUGUAGCUUAAUAGCUGUGAGGGAGUUUUGAUUUUAGGUUUGCCUUUUUAAUUUUGUGAUGAGGAAGCAUGCUUUUCCAAUAAAAACUUAUGAAGUGCCAGCUGUUCACUUAUAAAUAUACAUGCACAGCAUGUAUCACCAAGUAGUCUACUUCCCUAAAAAAAACUUAAGUACUUACAAGGGUUGUUUUCAUACCUAGAAUUAAGCAAUGCACUUUUAUUGAUGUGCAGGAGAAAAGUCUUUUGAUAGCUCCAAGUGGUUUUUGCUUUACAGGUUAAAUAAAUUAAUUUUAAACUCUUGCAGUGGUCAACAGCUUUAGGCCUCACAUUGCUUCAUUUUGUAUUUAAUUUACAUAUCAUUAUUGUUAACUUCUGAAGGCCAACUGAAUCUGUCAUCAAAACUUGGUGCUUUUGGUCACUUGAAUAUUCUUUAAAUGACUAAAGGUUUUAGACUUCCCAGGAGAGUUAGCAAUAGGGAAGUUCCUGGGACAUCCCCAAACUGAGAACUGUGUGGGACAAUCUUGAGAUACACGCACAGCCAAAUUCUUUUUGCUAGAAUUGUUAUGUACUGUUAGAGAUAUUUCACACUCGGAGUUUGAGAUAGAACUUACUACUUUUCAAAUGUUCUUGCUGUCAAUUAAAAAUGUAAAGGAACUAUAAUAUCAUGAUAUUCUUAUUGAUCUGUUGAGCACUUAAAUGUAAAAGUAACAUAAUUCGGUAGCAAUUGCUGCAACCCUUACAUUAUCACUCAAGGAGAAUACUGUAAAGGUGAUGGCAACUCAGAUCUUAUUUUCUCCUGUUUUUAAUAAACAAAAUGAAGUAA